UUUGUCAGUUUUGUGUUAUCAGCAGUUAUCAGAUAGGAGUAGUAAACUGUAAUUACUGUAAACAAAAUUAGGAAAAUCCCGCAAAAAUUAAAGUGAUGAAGCAGUUCGUUGUUCAAUUUCCUAAUUUUCACUGUGCAGUAUAAGUCAACAAGUAACUGGUGCCUCAAAUCCACUAUCAUUUUCCCUCAUUCACCAUGUACGAUGUGUAUGAAAAGCAUCAUCUAUUAAAAUCAAACUCCAGCAUAGAAGCGCUAGCAGCUUAUGAUGAUGUAUUGUAUGUUGGAACAAGUAAAGGGAACCUGGCCAAGUAUAAUAUCAAUAUCAAGUAUGAAGACGGGAAGAUGAAAGUAGAAUCAUCGCACCUUUGCUGUUACUACAAAAAUUUCAGCAAAAAACCCAUCCAGCAGCUUGAUGUUAUCCCUCAUUAUAACAUUUUAAUCAGUUUAUCAGAUAACUUGGUCUCGGUUCAUGAUACAAACAAAACUAAUUUUCCCCUCUUGCACGACCUUUCAAAAACUAAAGGUGCCACUUUAUUUACUCUACAUCUGAAGGAAUUUACAUCUAUGACUGGUAAAACGGCAAUCUAUGUGCGAAUGUGCGUGGCUGUGAAACGAAAACUGUUGUUUUACUAUUGGAAGAAAGGGGAGUUUCUUGAAUUGCGGGAAGACAUCGUUCUACCUGAUGUACCUCGAGCUCUUGCAUGGUGUGCAGAUUCAAUAUGUGUGGGAUUUAAAAAUGAUUAUGUUCUCUAUCAGUUGCACCAUGAGCCUGAAGCAGGAAGUGAGGAGAACACAAAUUCACCAAAGAAAAAAGAUUUAUUUCCUGUCGGCAAACAACCCGAACCCAGCAUCACGCCACUUAAUGAUGACUCAUUUAUUGUUGGGAAAGAUUUUGGCUCUGUCAUCAUCGAUACAAAGGGAAAUGUCGCUGUGGAGCAUGCUGUGAAGUGGUCCCAAACACCCAGCAGCCUCGCAAAUGACGACCCUUACCUCCUGGCUGUACUCAACGAAACAGUCGAAGUUCGCAGCGUUGAGCCAGCCCUACUAGUGCAAACCAUUCCUUUUGCAAAACCUAAACUCAUAUGUCGCUGUAAACGAGGACUAACUUAUGUUGCCUCAUCAGAGCAAGUCUGGUGUCUUGUUUGGAAUCCAAUCAGCAAACAGAUCCAGCUUCUUCUUGAAGAAAAACAAUUUCAGCUGGCGCUGAAACUCUCCAACUUCUCCGAUGAAACAAGUGAAGACAAGAAGAACAUUCAUUUGAUUCAGACAUUGUAUGCGUUUGAUCUAUUCAACAACAAGCAAUUUCGGGAAUCAAUGCAGGAAUUCUUGAAGCUCGGGACAGAUCCCUAUGAUGUAAUCCGCCUUUUUCCAAACCUGUUACCCCAGCAAGUGCAAGAUCAAGAUCUGUCUACGUCUCAAACCCCCGACUUGGAGCUGAAUGAUAAGCACUUGGAAAACGGUUUGUUAGCUCUCAUCGAGUAUCUGACUGAGGUACGAUGGAAAUUAGCAGGAACAGAGACACAAAAUAUUCAGCUCUUUCAGAUCAUUGACACAACAUUGUUGAAGUGCUACCUCCAGACAAACGAUGCCUUAGUCGAGCCCCUAUUGCGACGAAACUACUGCCACCUAACAGAAACUGAGUACACCCUUAAGAAAUAUAAUAAAUUUAGUGAGCUUAUUAUUUUAUAUCAAACGAAAGGGUUGCAUUCUAAAGCACUUGAGUAUCUUCAAGAACUGGCCGAUGAGCCCGAUUCACCAUUAUUUGGGUGUGAAAAAACAGUCAACUAUCUCCAGCACCUGGGCAAAAACGAGAUGGACUUGAUUUUCCAGUUCGCGGAUUGGGUGCUGCAAAAAUAUCCAGAGGAAGGAUUGAAAAUUUUCACAGAAGAUAUUGAGGAGGUAGAACAGUUGCCCAGACCACGUGUUCUAGAUUAUUUAUUAAAAAAUCACAAAUCAUUAGUCAUCCAGUAUUUAGAGCAUGUUAUUCAUGUAUGGAAGGACACAAAUGGCAUUUUUCACAAUGCUCUAGUGCAUCAAUAUAGAGAGAAAAUUCAACAGCUCUCUGUACCGAAAGCAACAUAUGCAGAACAACAAGCAGCGCAGAAUUUCAAAACAAAACUGUUCAAAUUUCUCGAGGAAUCGGACAGCUACGGCCCGGAAACAGUUCUAAUCCACUUCCCUCAUGACAGCAUGUUUGAAGAGCGCUGUAUUAUUCUUGGAAAGCUAGGCCGGCAUGAACAGGUUUUAUCAAUCUAUUUAAAUAAUCUAGGUGAUAUUCAGCGAGCAAUUCGAUACUGUGAUAAAGUCUAUAAAGCGAACGUAGAAGGCCGUGAUCAAGUUUAUUUCCUACUAAUAAAACUCUUGAUCAACCCGCCUGAUAUUUAUUUUGGAGGUUCAUCACAUACUACCCCACCACAGCCAGACCUGGAGACAGCGUUAACAAUACUCGAGUCCAAUGCUGGGAAAAUCGAUGCUCUUAAGGUUUUAAGUAUUCUUCCAGAUGAUAUACAGAUGACAAAAAUCAAGCAUUUCCUUACUUUAAGUCUUUCAAAGCAGCUAGAUGAAAGGCGGAGGGCCCAGGUGUUGAAAGGGCUAGUGUACGCAGAGCAUUUGCAGGUUCAUGAGUUACGAAUGUUUUAUGAGUCACAAAGCUUCCUAAUUACAGAGUUUAAUGUCUGCCCUGUGUGUAAGAAACGUUUUACAAAUCAAAGUGCCUUUGUUCGAUAUCCUAAUGGUGAUGUUGUACACUAUUCAUGUCAAGAACAAGUUACGUAAUGUUUGUCAAUCGCUAUGAUUAAUUCAUAGUUUUUUCCAGAACUAAUGCGCCGUUGUUGGCUAUUCUGAGCGGAAGUCUUACCAAAAACCAGAAAUUGUUGCUGAUAGAAUGAAUCUAUUCUAAAGCCCAUUUUGCCAAAUUAAAAUUGGUGUGUGAAUUCUUCGUAUAAUUUUUUCAGGCCACUGUGAUAAAAAAAAAUACUGCCAACCUAUUGUUAGUUAAUUUUCAUCUAAUAAUAAUAUGCUAUUCAGGACUAUGAAUGAUGGAAAAUUCUUAGCUAAAAAUCCGGAAAAGAAAUUAGAAAAAACUUGGGUACCUUAUGCUGCACCCUCUCUCAUUACAAAAGAGUAAUAUGCAAUAAUGAUCUCCCAAUGUAGCAUGAUUAGGUAUCAGCUAAAUCAUCUUUUUACACAUGUCAGAAGUUUUUUGUUUAAAAAUGACAGUUAUGCCAUCCUGAAAACAAACAUUGUGUUUUAAUUCUAUACUGAUUGUAUUGUGACAAAAUGCUGUAUUUAAAAGAAAACCGAAUACCUAAUAUUUAUCACUCAUUUUUUGAAAAUGAGUGUAACCUCUUAUUGGGAACUCAAUAUGAAAAAAAAAUGAAGCGCCCUGUCAGUGGCAAUCAGGUUCUCUUGAUAAACAGCAUUAUGUGUGGAAGUUAAUUGUAAAAUUUGAAAUAGAUUCCCUGCAUUUUUGCUUUGGAUGGCAGAGUUGUUCCAAAAGUUAUGGCUUUUAAUGAUAUUUUUACAUUUGAGGCAAAUAUUUUACGUGUAAUCUGUUAUUUUUUUUUCAAUGUAUUAUUGUUGUUUUAAUUUUAUCAUUAAAAUCGAUUCUUUUUUAA